UCUCGAAAACCUUCAUCACUCAACUCGAUCAGUCGACGUCUUGCAUAGCAGGUCUACGCAAAUUCCAUUCGUUCACUCACAAACCAACGAAACUCUGCAAUCAUGAAGUCCUUUGCAACCAUUCUGGCUCUUUCCGCCAGUGCGUCCGCGCACAUGCUUCUUGCAUUCCCUGAGCCCUUCGCGACCAACGACAACGGCCCAGUCAACUCUGAUGGCUCUAACUUCCCCUGCCGAACCACCAACUUCGAUAAAGCAGCCAACCCUAUCAAGGCGGGCGAGAAGUUGACUGUCCGCUUCAAGGGUGGUGCCACACACGGUGGCGGUUCUUGCCAGUUUGCCCUCACACCAGGCAAGACUCCUACCAAGGACAGCCAGUGGAAGGUCAUUCAUUCGGUCAUUGGAGGAUGCCUGACCAGUGAAGACGGUAACCUCAGUGACAACGCUGGUGACGAUGCUGCUACACCUGUCGAUGUUACCAUUCCUGCAGAUCUGCCCGACGGCGAUUACGUCUUCAGCUGGUCUUGGUUGAACAAGGUUGGCAACCGUGAGUUCUACCACAACUGUGCACCCGUUCGGUCCAGUGGUGGCAAGGGCAGCGAUGUUCAGGCUGCGCUCGGCGGCAAGCCCGACAUGUUCGUUGCGAACCUGCCUCCUGCUGAGUGCGAAAACCCCGCAGGGCAGGACUUCAAGUUCCCCAACCCAGGAGAGUCUGUCGACACGGGUAGCUCCGCCGCCAUUGGUGACAAACUUACUGGUAGCGGCUGUGAGGCAAUGCAGAAGUUUGGUCGCGGCAACGGUCAGCUUGGCUCUCCCGCAGCUCCUGGUGGAGGCAACAACAGCAGCCCUGCUCCAUCCGCUGCUCCCACUGCUGCUCCCUCUGCUGGACCCACUGCUGUUCCCAGCAACCCUGGUGGCAUCUUUGCCCCCUCGGCUUCCUCUGCUGCUCCUCAGCCCACCCAGACCCCGACUACCCCAACCAUCCCGAACAACCCCCAGAACCCACCUGUCAACGGUACCGGUGUGCCUUGCACCAACGAAGGCGCUGUUGUCUGCAUUGGAACCAACCAAUUUGGACUAUGCGACCAUGGCUUUGCCGUUCCCAUGCAACUCGCAGCAGGCAUGUCUUGCUCCAACGGUGCCAUCACCCGCCGCUCCAUCCGACGAUCUCCUCGUGGACAUCUUGCUCGUCGCCAUGGUUCGCGCCGUAUUUAAGCCCCACUAC